UGGAAGUACGGGCAAAGUUUAAGUUGAAUAAUUUCAAAUAUCGAUACCACAAUUAUUUCUACUUACAGGUUUAAAAAAAAUAUUGAAGUCUAAAAUAACUGGAUGUGUUAAAUAUAAUUUAUGAUUUCAUAAAAGCACUAAAGUAUUUUUUUUUAAAUUCUAGACGGGACGGUUUAUCAAUACUAGCACACUCGCUUGAUGUCCGCCAUGUUGGUUUUGUUUCUCAUGCCCCGACUACGGCUAGCAGAAGUAAAAUAGGACGCAGGGAAAUUUAUGUGGUCGACACCGUUGUUGCUGUGAUACCCUUCUCUCUGCCACCCAUUGCCGUUCACAUCCUCACUUGUUGUGACAUCUACCAGACGAUUAUCGCACCGGCACCUACGACAUUAAUUCCAGCUCAAAGAUCAGCCGUCGGUUGUUGAAAAAUAUUAUCAACACUGCAACAGAAAUUACGGUAGUUCUAGAACUACCAGGAAAAUAUUCUUCAAGACAGAAAUUUUUUUAAUUCCACCCCUCGUCGCAAUUCCCGGGUUAACAGAGAUCCUCUCGUUGGAAGGAAUUAUACGACGAAUAAAAUAAAAAGGUAACUACAUCGCCAUUAUAUCGGCCAUAACAUCGCCACAAACAGCACCGCCGCGCCAUCAACUUAACUAUGGAACUACACUGAAAGUCUAUUUCUGCCCCGGAUUAAGCUGGUCGGCUCGGGUUAAUUACUGUUCACUGUCCUGGAUUAGCAGCAGUUAAUUAGCAAGAGACCUUGGCAGGUCUGUGGCCGCAGGCGAGUCGAGGGCACAGGUGUGAAGCAACAUCAAGGCAGAAUUAAACGAUCGACAGGGCCUAAUGGUGGUGGAAUGACAGGUCAAAGGUCACAGGUUCAACGCUGAUUCGGGUUUGGCUUAAGUUCUUAAAGGGCCUUAGGUUAAAAAAGAAGAAAAAAAAAGUUGUCUCCGCAAUGAUGAAAGAGACCUAACGUCUAGUGGGGGCAUUACACCUGUUUUACUUCACGGAACGUUCAUUUGGAGAAAAAAAAAGUUUUUUUUUUUGUGCGCGAUUGGAAAUUGUUUAACUUACUGAAAUGUUCUUUGGUAUAACGUAACAGCUUGAUGUCUACUGCGCAUGUCCGGUCGUCCCGGAAGUGACAGAAUUUUAUAAUUAAAAUAAUAUAAAUAAAUAAACAUUUUUGAAUUUUAUAAAGAAAAUAAAAUAAAUCGGGAUUCGAACUCUGGCUACUUGAGUGAGCACCCCGCUCAGUAGCACCUCGCCAACCCCUGAAACUGUUGUCCCACGACCUGACGAGCUUUAUGAGGAUGGAACCGCACAGCAACUUCCUGUCCCACUCGGCGGGGUUGUCCCUCUACCCGUCCAUCACGGCUUCCAGCAUCCUCCCCCCCAGUCCCGGGGCACAGGACUCAGUCUCAGCUCGGUCCGCCUUGGCCGUCUCCGGACAAAACGGCUGGGGGAACUACGGCAACGAGUCGCUCGUCCCCCACAACAGCUGUUCUGUCCCGAGCUACUCCAACCUCCCGCUGAGCGCGUCCUUCCCCAGCAAAGCCGCGGCCUACAACGCCUUCGCUGGGGGCGACUACCUGAACAACUGCCGUCAGAUGCAGAUCUCCUCCCUCGGGAGCCUCAACGGCAUGCGGGGGUACCACCACGGACUCUACGGCGACAUGUACCAGCCCAGCCACCCCACGGCGUACCCCAAUGGCGGCUUCUACACAGACAUGGGCGCUGGGUUGCCGCCCCUACCCGGCAGGGACCUCAACUGUUCGAGUGCGCAGUCAGACUCGUCCUCUUCCGAAACCAAGGGACGUAAGAAAAGGAAGCCGUACACACGAUACCAGACGAUGGUCCUGGAGAACGAGUUCCUGAACAGCUCGUACAUAACCAGGCAGAAACGCUGGGAGAUCUCGUGCAAGCUGCAGCUGUCGGAGCGACAGGUCAAGGUGUGGUUCCAGAACCGCCGGAUGAAGCGGAAGAAGCUGACGGAGCGGGCCAAGACUCGCAUCCGGGAGGACCAGGAGAACAAGGACGACCUGCCCGCCCAGCCGCAGCCGGGCCCCCAGCUACACCAGCACGCCCAGCCGCCGCAGCAGGGGGCCCCGCACCAUCAUCACCACCACCAGCAUCAGCAGCCGCCGUCGCACCACCCGCACCACAACGGGCACCUGAACGGCGGGCCCGGGGGUCACCCCCACCACCCCCACCACCCCCACCACGGACACAUGUCUCACCAUCCACACAACCCGCUCAUCCAGCCAAAAACUGAAGUAGGUUCCCAUGGCAACGGUCCAGUUGGGGUAUAGCGAUUGGCCAGGUAGUGCGCGCCUCCCAUUGGCUAGGUAGUUAAUGUAGUGACAACGUCACGUUGACUCGCUUCAAACCAUCGACUUUUUUUUUCAAAACACUCACGUGACAACCACCCACGUGACACUCCCACGUGACCAUCACGUGAUCCGCUCAGCGAUGGAUUUCUUUGCAUCCACCACCACGAACGUGAUAGGUCAGCACAGCGACCAAUCAGAUCUCAGCUUGAUAGUCACGUGAUAACCUGUUAUCGAUAACAGCUUAUGGUGCAGAUCGAACACUGGCCAAUCGAUCUGAAAUCGAUUUUCCGUGAGUUCCUGGAGAAAGACCCUCCCAUCAUCGCAUAUCGGUUGGUGUUGUUUUUUUUUUUUGUUUUAAUUCGUCAGUCCCAUUUAUUGUUUUCUAAAAAAAAAAAACGACUGUCACUAGCUACGUCAUUGCCUACGUCACUGGCUACGUCAUUUGCUACGUUACUGACCACGUCACCGGUUGAACAGCUACGUAUUGAACAAAAGAAACAGGAAAAAGUAACUCAAUUCAAGAUAAACAGUUCUAGUGUUUGAAGAGCACUACCACACAGUGAGAAAACACCAACAAUUACUUGUGCUUACAUUCAUCCAGAUUUUUAAUUGCAAUCUUUCAAGUGUUAUUUUCUGGCGAAGUCCUAAGGUCGAAACAUUGUAAUCGGUAUCAUUUUUUUUUUACAUAGAAUUAUUGAAAUAAAAUUUUGGGAUGGGUGUGGUGGGGAUGGUGGGUGUAAUACUGGUCAUUUUUAUUUUAAAUUUUAGUCUGAAAAUAGCUUCGUACUUGUUUUAUCCUUCGCAAUGAUGGGGGAGGGAAGUUAAAUGUUAAAUUAAACGAUGUGUUUAAAGCAUAUGAAUCGUAAUUAUUCUAUUAUGUUGCAAUCCACAUUUAUUUUUGUCUAUUUUUUUUAGCUAACCCUUUAGAGUUAAACAAAAUAACGUAAGAAUACAAUGUUUAUUUUUUUACAACUGAAUUCUGUAUUCCAUCUGCUUCUGCCUCAUCAUGAUAGUUGUUGGGGUAGGGAGGUUAAAAGGUUUAAAAACAUUUUUAAUGCCAGAUAUCCUUGUGAGGAUAUACUUUUUUCAUUUUUUUAAACUGUCAGAUUAAGUGUUCAUUACCUGAGGUACUUUGAGAUAAUAGUCGUUGAAAACGGCAAAAUAUAUAUUUUAUACGACAUUUGUAUGGGUUAGAUAAUGAUAAGAUACUUUUUAAAAUAUUGCUUAAUUUUUCUCAGAAAACGAAACCUUUCGUUUCAACCGGGAGAAAUGAGUUAAACGUGUAAAAACUGGGAAUGGAUUAACGUAUGUAGUGUAGACACGGGUGUGUAGUACUAGCACACGUCACCAGCACAUGUGUAGCUCUAGCACAGGUGUACGGCCAGGUGUGUAGCAGACGUGGGUGUACCAGCAGACCUAGGUGGCUUUUGGACAUAAAAUUUGUAAUGUAAAAACCACCAUUUGGACUCUGUGUAAUGUAAAAACCACCAUUCUCUUUGAAGUCUGGUGUUCUCUUUAUUGACAGGUGCAUAUAUGUAUUUGGUUGUACAUAAUUCCUCAGAUAGAAUUUUUAAUUCGAUUGAUGCGCAGAUGUGCGACAUUAUGUCUGCUGAUGUUCAAUGGGUCUGUGUCGAAUGUGCAGACGGUGCACACCCAACAGGCGCAGAUGACGCGGUAUGUGCAUAUCUUUGAAUGCACAGCUGUUUGAAGAAGAAAAAAAAAAGUUCAUUUAAAUUAUUUCAUGUCCGCUGUCUCUAAGUGUAUCGAAUAUGCUUUUGUUCGUAUUUGCUGUAAAAAAUAUACAAGUUCAUUUGUAUGUUGCGUGAGUUUUUUUCGCCUGUCUUACCACGUAAUGUAUGUCAUUUAACAAAAUUUUGUAUGACAUACAAAACCUGUAUUUAUAAAGCAUAUUCAUACAUAUUUUCGAGUGAAAAAAAUUGAUGUUUUAAUGUUUUAGGUUGAUAAAAUUUGUAUGUGUAUAUGUCGGUCUGUAUAUUGUAUAAUAUGGCGUACGUUUGCGGCAAAAGUAUCGCAUAAUAUUUGCGAUUUUCCGGAAGCAAUUUAUUUUUAUGGAAGGUUUAUUUCUUUAUUUUUCCAUUGUGACGAAUUUUAAAUCCAUUUUAAUAAGGGAUAUAUUCUUAACUGUCUUUGUAAUAAAAGUAUUGGAUUUUCAAACCGGUUAAAAAUAAUGACAAAUGUUAUAAAAUGAUUUUUUUUACAAUUUUCUAUUUAAAUCACAAUUUCCUAACAUGUUAAUAUUUUGACAAAAUAAUAAGAAAAAAAUAUACUAUUAAAAAAUAUAAUCAGCUUCAAUUAAUUAGUAUAUUCGAUUAUAAUAAUUUUUUGAUGAAAAUUAAAUAAACAAAAAAUAGUAUUUGGUAUUUGUGCAUGCGAGGUAAUUUGUGUUUUCCUUAAUUAAGCAAAAUCGGUCUUUUCUUCCGUAAACGAAAUCGA